AACGAUCUCUAGUAGUUCCUCGUGCUAGAACGUAAGAAGAUUAGAGAAGAGCGAAGCCACAGGUAGAUCGGCGGGGUCGAGAAGGCCAAGAGUCGCUCACCCGACAGACGAUCCCGGAAAUAGCCGUGGUGAAAAGUCAUAGGCGAUGUCGACAACUCGGUACUAAAGUAAUCAGGAGCUGACUGGAGAAGAAUCUAGUCGCGCUCAUUCGAAUCACUGUUGAGUAUCAGCCAGCAAACACACGCAAGGAUCAUGAAAAUGGUGCUGUCUCAACGUCAGAGGGAGGAGUUAAAUAAGGCGAUCGCGGACUACCUCAGCACCAAUGGCUAUCAAGAUGCGCUCGAGGCGUUCAAGAAGGAAGCCGAUAUGCCUGGGGAAGUGGAGAGAAAGUAUGGAGGCCUUUUGGAGAAGAAAUGGACCUCGGUCAUACGCUUGCAAAAGAAGGUAAUGGAACUCGAAUCGAAACUCUCCGAGGCGGAAAAAGAAUUCAUCGAAGGAGCACCGACACGCAGCAAACGAUCGCCGGCCGAAUGGAUACCAAGGCCACCCGAAAAGUACAGUCUCACUGGACACAGAGCUCCCAUCAACAGAGUUAUUUUUCAUCCGGUUUUUAGUCUUAUAGUGUCCGCCAGCGAAGAUGCCACCAUUAAGGUGUGGGACUUCGAAAGCGGCGAAUUCGAAAGAACAUUGAAGGGGCACACUGACAGCGUACAGGACGUUUCAUUCGAUGUCUCCGGUAAACUGUUAGUCUCAUGCAGUGCGGAUAUGUCUAUUAAAUUGUGGGACUUUCACCAGUCAUUCGCCUGCGUGAAAACUAUGCACGGACAUGAUCACAGUGUCAGCUCAGUCGCAUUUGUGCCACAAGGAGAUUUCGUAGUGAGCGCCUCUAGGGAUAAGACCAUAAAAAUCUGGGAAGUUGCAACAGGUUAUUGUGUUAAGACGUUGACGGGUCACAGAGAGUGGGUACGGAUGGCCAGAGUCAGUCCUUGCGGCGAACUCAUCGCCAGCUGCUCAAACGACCAAACAGUUCGAAUCUGGCACGUCGCAUCAAAGGAAACAAAGAUCGAACUCCGGGACCACGAGCACGUGGUGGAGUGCAUCGCCUGGGCGCCGGAUAGCGCAAGAGCAUCCAUCAAUGCCGCAGCAGGAGCUGACAACAAAGGUGCCCACGAAGGUCCUUUCCUCGCAUCUGGUUCGCGAGACAAAGUAAUCCGCGUGUGGGAUGUCGGUGCUGGCGUUUGUCUGUUCGCACUCUUAGGACACGAUAACUGGGUGCGUGGCAUUGUAUUCCACCCCGGUGGCAAGUUUAUCGUCAGCGCCUCUGAUGAUAAAACCCUGCGAGUCUGGGACACACGUAACAAACGAGCGAUGAAGACCCUCGAGGCACAUGUCCACUUCUGCACCUCCGUUGAUUUUCACAAAAGCCAUCCUUACGUGGUCACGGGUAGCGUCGACCAAACGGUGAAGAUCUGGGAGUGCCGCUAGUCACCAAAACGUCAGGGUCUCGUUAAACUUUCGUCAAAGAAGACAGAUUGUGGAAAGAAGGCGUACGAUACGCGUCGAAUUCGAUGGAAACGGCCGAAAGAGUAAGCUGCUACAAAAGAAAAAAAAUUAUCGUACAUACUAUUAUUAUUAAUAUUGAUAUUAUUAUACACACAUAAACACCUACGGUUAAGAGCUCUUUAAUUUAUAAUAAAGUAUACUUAGCAAUUAUUAAUAUUAUAUGUACCUUCUUCGGUAACGAGCUACAUGACUCGAGGAGAGUCCUGUGCCCAAGAUCAGCUUUCUUUCGCGAGGAGGACAUUGCCAUAAAUUUCAUCGAUGGUUAACAGCCCUCUCGAGUAGUCGAAUAUUUCACCGUCGGAAACUUGGUUCUUCGAAGAGGGUAAUUCACUCGUCGAGUGGCCCGCGGUUAAAGCGUCUUUUUCCGAAUUGUUUGAACGUGUCGUCCUCCUCCGGUCGUCGACGGUGGCAAGAAUUUUCGGCUGUGUCACCGUUCGAACAUCGCGAUCAUUCGUUGUCGUUUGUUACGCUGAUCUCUCCUCGAGCGUUCUUGGCGAUGUGACAUCGGGAAAUGACGCCGAUACAUAUAUUAUAUACAGACACUCUUGAGAUAAAUGCGUGGCGGCAUCGUUUACUGUGUAUUGAACGUCAAUAAUUUAUCUAACGCUGGUCGAGUAUGUAGCAUAUUGAUUCUUGUGCGAAUUAAGAUACACAAUGUAAAUCGAACGAGCGUGUCAAACGGACGGACGCGUAUUUGGCGCUCUGCAACCAGAAAGCAGCGCGAGCAGCGUCCGUUUGAAAUGUUCUAUUUUACAUGUUGCGUUUGUCCCCUUGUAUGCGUGUAUUAUUGGUAUCUACAAGACUAACAUGAGACUGUUCUCUUAAAGUCAAGGAAACAUCCGGCAUGAUUGGUAGAAGUGACGAAAAGUGACGCAGUUUUGCUCGACAAUGUGUGUCGCCCGAUCAGCGUGCAUUGUUAACGAUAGUACUAGAACGCAGGGACGGCCGAGUGGAGCGUGCAAUUUGUGAGAAUGCCGCAAAAUGCAAAACACAUGUACCCGUAUGGAAGUAUUUCAGACGCAUAAGUUGUAGCGUGGGUCCCGAGAUACGAGAGGUACUAGUUUUAUAGUUAGCUCUAAACUACUAUUAGAGGUAGCGCAGACGUAACGUAGACAGAAGCAAAACGGGAAUAGAAUCAGGCCACCGAGUGGAAUGAUCGAACGAUACACAGACAUACUUAUGCGGACACACGUCAAGACCUCAUGUAACAAUGCUUAAUCGAUUAAGACCGAUUUCUCGAAACGGUACACACUAUUCCGAACUAUACCAUCUCUCCUACCAUAUUUUCUCCCUCGAUUAGGUAAACGGCCCUCUUCCUGCUCUCUAACCCUCGGGAGAGCCGAAACAUUCAACCCCUUAACGCUCGCAAACGAUCAUUUUUAUUUACUGGACUCGUUUCUCGAUUGCAUAACAAUGCGUUUAUGCCUGCUACAGGUGUAUCUAUGUCUGCUAGUGGUGAAUCACAGGUUUGCACAUUUUGGACGGUCUGUCGUGUCCGUGCGAGACAAGGGCACGAGCGUUAAGGGGUUAACUCGACGUGGUACUAAAUUAUUUUGAUGAACAAUAAAGAAAAACGAUGUUCUCAGCCGUGUAACGUCGUGCUCUAUUAUACUACCGGUGUGUUUCGACGAAAUUCGUGCAUCGUUGUUUGCCACUUUUCGAUCCAUUGAUAAUAAAAUCUUGUAGCAACCACGAUAAUUGGAAGUUCUGUUCUUUUGGGAAUUCCCUAUAUAUAUAAAACAUUGCGAAAUUGUGUAAAUUCUUCGGAAGACAGAUCGAUGUAUUCUUUUAUUCGAGCAAACUUGAUCUUAUGUCUACUUCGUUCUUUUUUUUUUCUCCCAACCCCCGCUGCUCGAUAAAAAUUGUAGCACUCUUGUACAAAACGGUUCUUUGGAAUCGGAGCGUGGCAGGAUCGCGCGCAUGCGGGUCCGAUUUUCGUUUUGAGACAUCAGAAAACUUUCUGAAAGCGAUCGGAGCACAUCCACGUUUUACGCUUGCGAGAGAGACGGACCACGCUCGCGGCUUCUGCGGCAAGCAAAAUGCAUUCGAUUUAAGUCACGACUCCGCAGUACAUGCAUGACAGUAUUUUACAUUUAUAAUAGAGAGGAAAAAAAGCUAACACAUACACGUACACACUUAUAUAUUUAUAAUAUAUAAUAUAUAUUAUACAUACACGUGUACGUAUGUAUGUACGCGCGUAUACAUAGUCGUAUACCCGUCAAUAUGUAUAUAUACACGUACAUACGUAUAUGCACACACAUACACAGACACAUAAAUAUACAAAAUACAUUAUUGUAAUUAAGCAACCGGAAUCGAACAAACGCGUACCGAACUCGGUCUGGAUGUUCGAUGUUUCUACGUAGGAUGACGUAAUAAAAGUAAUGUCGUAGCUGCUUUUCGUAAAUUUCGUCGCACUUGCUUUAGUGACUUCUCGCUUUUUCUACCCGCCCUACGAGAAACAAUACCAACACGUCAAGUAGAGUUAACGAAAUAAAGUGUUGUCACCAUUUGUGAUAUAUACGCAUA